CCGCAUAUCUCCGCACUGUCACACAGUCAUUCAUUGCACCUCCAUUGGACUCUCACGCUGCUUUCCUCCCGUGGCAGUGGCAGUUUGGACCAUGUUUGCGUGCAGAGCAUCCUGGCAGAGGUGUGGUGGACCUCUGGCACGACUGUCCAUCAACCGUGCUCACCUCUACAGAGAUGUAGUUCCACGGAGGCUCAUGUCAUCAGUUCCUGGUGGCUCAGGCGAGAAUUUCCUGUACGCCGUCCUCUGUGGUGGAGCCUUCGCCGGUUCCUUGGCAUAUGUUUACAAAACACUUGUAACAGACAAAGAACGCUUUGCUGAUCGUGUUUCUGAAAUUAAUGCUCGUCCCAAGUCUGAGUGGAAACCCAAACCAUGGCCGCCCAAGAAAGAAGCUGGUGCAGAGGAAGGAGAGGUGGCAGAAAGCGUAGAGAGCGCAGCCGAGGAGGAUGUAGCUGCUGAAGCACCUGAGGUCUUGCUGGAAACAGCCAAGGCCACUGGAGAGGAGACGGCAACCCUUGAGACCGUUGUGGAAGAGGUUGCCGAGAUGGUCGCAGAGACUGCAGAGGUGGUUGCUGAGGUGGCAGGGGUUGUUGCUGAGACGGCAGAGGAGGUGGCAGCGGUGGCAGAGGAAGUGCAGAAGGUUGCAGAGGAAGUAGAGGCAGCAGCUGAGGCUGUUGUUACUCCGGUCAUCCAAGCUGAAGAGACGGUGUCAGAGAUCAACGGUACGCCACCAGCCUCCCAAGAGGAGGCAGUAGCUGAGGCUACUAGUACAGAGGCCUGAAUGGCUCCUGGGUAGUCAAACACUCACCUACACACACAAGAACCAGAAGAUUUAAAUGUCCUAUAUAGCAAAAUGGUCACGGUCUCACUUAAUCCGAACAUGUCAUCCUUAAAUCUCAAGAAAGAACAAAACAUGACACUUGAACAAUUUUAGAGACUUGCUAGAUUUUAUUGCAGACCUGCAGGUCUCUCUAUCUAUCCUCAGUUUUCCUCCCUUCCAAUUAGAUUCUUUAGUCAUUAACUGAAGUUGUAAGGAGCUCAGUGACAUUAACUGAAGGAUAGUGUAUGUGGUUGACUGUAUAGUCCUCAUCGUACUGUACUUCCUCUGUUUCCAUUGGUGAGUUAUAGAACAGGAUUUGAUCCUUGCGGUGCAAUAAUGUAAUCCCACUAAACAGCACACAGCUGAUUGUGUAUAUUUUCAUUAUAUUCCUGGAGUUUGCUGGAAUUUUUAAAUUAUAUUAAUGAACUUAUAUAAUGAUAACUGUAGAAACCACUGUGAGAAUCCAAAGUUGCUGCUUUUUGUUACAUUUGUGACCAAACAUUUCAGUGGACACACUUCAGACUAUCUACUCCUGUUCUUGUUUCUUACACUCAGUUUCACUCUCUUGUCUUCUCAACCUCUCAAAAUCUGAGCCAGCCUCCUGUCAUUUUUAACUUCUGUCCUGCCUUACCUCUUCUUUGAGGCACAACUGCACGCAAAGACACAGAAAAGCUGCAAACGUACUGCUGUAUGUUGUUAUUUGUUCUGUAAUAACUUUUAACAGUGCAGUUAUUGAUUUUUGGAUUUGUCCAAACAUGUGCUUCUCUGCCAGAUAUCACUUAGUUGGUACACGCCAGUUGAUAUUGUGAAAUCUGUGAGUCUUUUGCUCCCUAGCAACUAGGCCAGCUGUGUUUCUGUAUUAGUUUUCCCUUUAUAUUCCUCUGUAUGACUGAUCUGACAAGGAACUCAGUAACUUACCAAGGAGCUCAAGUAUGUAUAUGAUUCAAUGGAAUUGU